AUGGCUUCCCCCAAUGAAAAUCCCCCUACCAAAUACGGCGUCCUCUUGUUCCCCGGCUUCCAAGCCCUCGACGUCUUCGGCCCGCUUGACAUCUUAAACAUCCUCUCCAAGUACCAUCGACCGAAACCAAUGGACCUGGUCGUUGUCGCUGCUACACUCGACCCAGUAUCUACCACGGUUUCCGAUGCCGAAUUUGGCCAAAGAAUCGUGCCCACUCACACAUUCGACACCGCGCCAGAGGAUAUCGAGGUCCUGCUCGUUCCCGGCGGGAUGGGGACACGAGAGGAUGCCAUUGCUGGUCCAGCGAUUGCAUAUGUCAAGAAGAUAUUUCCAAAACUGCGAUAUCUCCUUACCGUAUGCACGGGAAGUGCUUUGGUGGCUCAAGCUGGGUUGCUUGAAGGGAAACGUGCAACUACCAACAAAACAGUGUGGAAAUGGGCAACGGCUCAAGGCCCAAAUGUGGACUGGGUUCUCGAGGCGCGAUGGGUCACGGAUAACAAUAUUUGGACGUCGUCCGGCAUCUCGGCCGGCAUCUCGGCCGGCAUUGACAUGAUGUAUGCCUUCGUGUCGGCCAUGUACGGUGAGGAGACGGCACAGGAUAUUGCCGAUGUGUCGGAGUAUCGGCGGAACACCGAUCCCACCGACGAUCCUUUUGUCAAAUUGGCUGAUGUAUAG